GGUUGCUGACAACAGCCCAAACGUAGAGCAUCGCGAUCCACGCAGACACGCUGACCGAAAGAUCCCACAACAUAGCUGACGUUCAAUCCAUCCCCCUCGUCUCUUUUGCGGACGAUGGUCAGCUGCUGAACCGGACCUCAUAUGGAUUCGUACCGAGAUUAGACUCGAUUUGUUUUCUGUUAUGGUUUUAGUGUAUUUGUUUUAAUAUUAUUUCAUUCGCAUUCGGCUCCGUUGCAUGUGUGGUGUUUUGUGUAAAAUGAAGUGGUUCGGGGGCAACCCCAGCAUACUCGGCUAUGUUUCCCUCGUCUAUCUGACCUACUGGACUAUUGCACUUGUCACGGCGGAUUCCCGGAUCGAACCAACAGGUGAUGUGUCCGGAGUGGUCUGUCCCCAGGGAAUGUUCCGGUGUCCCGAGGGCAAAUGUAUACCGUCCUUGUGGGUCUGUAAUUACCAGAAGGACUGCGAGAACGGCGAAGACGAAUUCCAGGCUUGUCCACCGCCCGACUGCGAACCGGGACAGCUGUCAUGCCACCAAUACAUAUGGAACAAAACGUAUUGUCUUCCGCAGCACCACCGCUGCGACAUGACGGUCGACUGUAUCGACGGAUCCGACGAGACCGAAUGUACGUAUCGGAAAUGCCAGCCGGACGACUUCCACUGCGGCCAAAAGACAUCCGAUCCGUGCAUACCGAAGGAGAAGAAGUGCGACGGUUAUUUGGACUGCCGUUCCGGCAAGGACGAACAAAACUGUCCCGGAAUCGCGUGUCAACUGGACCAGUUCCGGUGCGCCAACGGUCAAAGAUGCAUUGAACUGUCGCAAAAGUGCGAUCACAAAAACGACUGCGGCGACAACUCCGACGAACAAGGAUGCAAUUUCCCAGUAUGUCACGGCGUCCAGUUCCGUUGUGCGAACGCCCUUUGCAUACCAGGCGUGUUCCACUGCGACGGUUUCCAGGAUUGUUCGGACGGUUCGGACGAGGUGAACUGCACGAUAAUCCCUUGUCCGGAUAACAAAUUCCUUUGUCCGAGGGGCAUGGCAAACGGCUCUCCAAAAUGUAUACCGAAGAACAAGCUGUGCGAUGGGAAAAGAGACUGCGAGGACGGCGCCGACGAGAUAACCGCUUGCUCUAAAUUGUCUUGUCCUUCCUUGGGUUGUGAAUAUAAGUGUCAGGCGUCUCUAACCGGAGGCGUUUGCUAUUGUCCUGACGGACGAGUGCUGUCGCAGGACAACAAGACUUGUACGGAUCGUAAUGAAUGCGCCGAAUGGGGUUUUUGUGAUCAAGUGUGCAUCAACACUGAAGGAAGUUACACAUGUUCUUGUGCGCCGGGUUACGUUCUUAAAGACAGAAAUCGUUGCAUCGCCGUCAAUUCCAGUAGUUUAAUGUUGUAUUUCGCCCAGGACAAAAGCAUUUUCAAGAUGAAUCCGUCCGGAAAUCAAGUUCAAGUCGUUGUCAACACCACGGGAGCCAGCGGCUUAGAUUAUCACUAUCAAAAGAACACGCUUUAUUGGUCUGAUGUGAAAACCAAAAGGAUACAUUCACAACAACUAAACGGAAUGCCAUCAUUCGGUUCUCAAGAUGUGGAUAUAACCCUUCCAGGAACCUGGUACCCAGUAGCCAUCGCCGUAGAUUGGAUCGGCAAUAAAUUAUAUGUGGCCGACUCAGUAGGUCUUAAAAUCGACGUCUUUGAAUUGCAAGGCAGAUGGCACGCAAUCGUACUCGGCUCCAAUCUCACCAGUCCCGCCGAUAUUGCUCUAGAUCCAACAAUGGGUUACAUGUUCAUCGCCGACAGCACUCAAGUCGUACGUGCCAACAUGGACGGCACCAACACAGUUUCAGUCGUUUCCGAAGCAGCCUACAAAGCUUCAGGCAUCACCUUAGAUUUGAUCGCUAAGCGAGUAUAUUGGUGCGACUCUCUUUUGGAUUACAUCGAAACCGUCGAUUACUACGGCCAAAACAGAUUCCUGGUGAUCCGCGGCCAGUCAGUACCUAGUCCCGCUCGUCUGGCCUUAUUCGAAAGCAGGGUUUACUGGACUGACGGUACUAAGCAGGGAGUCAUGUCCGUGGACAAAUUCGAAACCACCAGCAUUCAAUCCAUUUACCGCAUGCGUGACAUAAGAGAUCCCAGAGCCAUCAAAGCCAUCCACCAGCUGCAACAACCCUAUGCCAACAAUCCAUGCGGCCACAACAAUGGAAACUGUCAACAUAUGUGUAUUCUAACCAACACCAACCCUGGAGUUGGUUACAGGUGUGCUUGCAACAUCGGUUUUAGGCUAGCAAGAGACGAAAGGAACUGCGAUUUGGUUUCCGAAUUCCUGAUGUACUCGCAACAACGUUUCAUCAGAGGAAAAGUGUUAAACCCUGUGAUUGAAGGCUUCAGUGAGGCCAUGUUGCCUGUGGUUUCCAGGAGGGCAAGAUUCGUAGGCUUGGAUUUCGAUGCUAAAGACCAACAUAUUUACUACUCAGACGUGCUUCAAGACGUUAUCCAUAGAGUUCAUAGAAACGGUACAUCGAAGGAAAUCGUACUAGCGUCACAAAAUGAAGGUGUUGAAGGACUGGCUGUAGAUUGGGCCGCCAAAAAUUUGUACUACAUUGACAGCAGAAAGGGAACUUUGAACGUCCUGUCCACCAGGAAUGUUACGUACAGACGCACUCUUUUGAAGAAUCUGAAACGCCCCAGAGCUAUUGUUAUUCACCCCAACAAGGGUUACAUUUUCUUCUCCGAAUGGGACCGUCCAGCAAACAUAUCAAGAUCCUUUAGUGACGGAUCCAAUCUUACUAUAUUCAAGAAUCUCACCCUUGGCUGGCCUAAUGGUCUUUCCAUCGAUUUUGACACAGACAGAUUGUAUUGGUGUGAUGCGCUGUUAGAUCACGUACAACACUCCAAUUUGGACGGUACUGAUAUUAAAACUGUAAACUCAAGACUUAUCAGACAUCCGUUCAGUAUUGUCAUUCACAAGGACUUCAUGUACAUUACUGACUGGCGAUUGGACGCUAUAAUCAAACUCCACAAACUUACCGGUGAUCAAGAGGAAAUCUUGGUAAAAGAACCCCAGACAAACAGAUUGUAUGGCGUAAAGAUUUACAGUGAAGAUGAACAAAAAAUAGACAGGGAUCACCCUUGUUGGAACAAUAAUGGUAACUGCCAGAAACUCUGCUUCGCCAUUCCUAACGGCAACAGAGGAUUGAUAGCCAAAUGCGGUUGUCCGUAUGGAGAAAGAUUGGCAACUGAUGAACGUACCUGUCAACAAGAUCCAGAUCACGAACCACCGGUCCAAGCUUGCCCUAACAAUUGGGACUUCACCUGCAACAACCAAAGAUGCAUUCCCAAAUCUUGGGUAUGCGAUGGUGAUGAUGACUGCUUAGAUAACAGUGACGAGGAACAAAAUUGUACAAAACCAACUUGCAGCGCGACAGAAUUCCAAUGUAAAUCAGGACGUUGUAUUCCUUUGACUUUCAAAUGUGACGCAGAAAACGAUUGCGGUGAUUUCAGUGACGAGACAGGAUGUGUGAACGUGACCUGCAGUGCAUCACAGUUCCACUGCGACAACAAUCGUUGCAUUCCGAACAGUUGGAAGUGCGAUUCCGAAAAUGAUUGUGGCGACGGAUCAGAUGAAGGAGAUUCUUGUGCCGAGAAAACUUGUGCUUAUUAUCAAUUUACUUGCCCGAGAACUGGACAUUGUAUACCCCAAAAUUGGGUCUGUGACGGUGACGAUGACUGCUUCGAUAAACAAGACGAACAGGAUUGUCCUCCAAUAACCUGCCAGCCGAAUCAGUUCAAGUGUUCAGAUUUAAGACAAUGUGUGCAAGAAAGUUACAAAUGCGACGGUAUUCCUGAUUGUAAUGAUGGCAGUGACGAAGUGGGUUGUCCUUCAAUCGAACCAGACCAAUGUAAUGUUGAGAAACAGUUCCAGUGCCAGUCAUCAGGAAUUUGUAUACCGAAAGCUUGGCACUGUGAUGGAACAGCCGACUGUGAUGACGGUUCAGAUGAACCCGAAUCAUGUGGUACCAUCAACUGCCCAGUUAAUUAUUACAAAUGCAACAGCAGCCAAUGCAUAUUCAAGGGUUACAUCUGUGAUGGCAAAGAAGAUUGUGAUGAUGGUUCUGAUGAAAGCAACUUCCACGCAUGUGGCAGACCUCCAUUUAGGUGUCCUCAUGGACAAUGGCAGUGUCCGGGCGUUACUGAAAGAUGCGUGAACUUAACUCAAGUGUGCGAUGGUAAAACUGACUGCCCGAAUGGUGCUGACGAAGGUUCGGAUUGUGAUUUUGCUGAGUGCAAGCAUCAAAGUGGAUUGUGCUCCAAUGGCUGUAAACAAACACCGACAGGGCCUUUAUGUUUGUGCCCACCAGGAGAGACUUUAUCAAGUGAUGGAUAUACUUGCGAGGACUUGAACGAAUGUGAUCCACCAGGAACCUGUUCUCAAAUUUGUACCAACACUAAAGGCUCAUAUUUCUGUAGUUGUGUAGAUGGAUACAUUUUGGAACCCAACAAGCACUCAUGCAAAGCAUUUAAUCAUUCAUCUGCAUUCUUGAUAAUUUCCAACAGACACUCUAUCCUCGUAGCCGACUUAAAAGAACAAGGUUUGGAACGUGUGCCUAUUAUAGUGGAAAAUGUUGUAGCAACAGCUUCAAACAUGCACACUGGCACAAUAUUCUGGUCGGAUAUGAAACUAAAGAAGAUUUCGAAACUAGACCGAGGUGGUGAACCAGUAGAAAUCAUUUCUAACGGUUUAGAUUUAGUAGAAGGUCUCGCUUAUGAUUGGAUUGGAGGCAAUAUAUAUUGGCUAGAUUCUAAACUUAACACCAUUGAGGUUGCUAAAGAAAACGGAUCUAACAGAAUUGUCUUGGUUAAAGAUAACAUUACGCAACCUCGUGGAAUGUGUUUGGAUCCAAGUCCAGGCAAUCGCUGGUUGUUCUGGACUGACUGGGGAGAGAAUCCAAGAAUCGAACGUGUGGGUAUGGACGGAACUAACAGAUCAACAAUCAUCAAUACCAAGAUUUACUGGCCGAAUGGUUUAACCCUUGACACAACAACUCAAAGAGUUUACUUUGCUGAUUCUAAGCUGGACUUUAUCGAUUUCUGCUACUACAACGGAACAGGUCGUCAACAAGUUUUGGCUGGCAGCCAUUACCUUCUUCAUCCGCACUCUUUAACGUUAUUCGAAGAUACGCUAUAUUGGACUGAUCGACAACUUAAUAGAGUACUGUCAGCCCACAAAUUCAAAGGCAACAAUCAAACAGUAGUUUCUCACCUGAUUUCGCAACCAUUGAGCAUUCAUGUUCAUCACCCAUCUUUGCAACCUGUAACAGCAAAUCCUUGUUUGAACGCUAGAUGUCAACACAUCUGUCUUUUGUCGCCUAGUUCUUCAACAGGUUACACUUGUAAGUGCAAACCAGGUUUCAAGAUUACACCAGAAGGAAAUUGCAUCGAAGAAGACACUGCCUUCCUUAUGGUCAUGCGUGGUUCCCAAAUCUUCGAUGUGCCUAUUAAUAGUGGCGAUAAUUCUCUUGGAUAUGUCACACCAAUUGUUGGUAUUGAGCACGGUGUACAAAUCGAUUACGACAGAAAGAAUAAUGCCAUAUUCUGGGUGGAGAGCAAAGACGAUAAUGAAGAAAAUUGUACAGUUUGGAGUAUUCCAUACGGAGGUGGUAAUAAAACUCAACUCUUUGGCCCUGAUACGGGUAUUGUAGGAGCUCCAUCCUCUAUUGCCUUUGACUGGUUGGGUAGAAACUUGUUUAUCGGCAACCGUUUGGCCAGCAAUUUGGAAGUAAUAAGAGUAGACGGCAAAGUCAAACACCGCAAAAUAAUCCUUGCCAAUGACGGCAACAAAACUUCCGUUGCCAAACCCAAAGCAAUUUGUGUUGAUCCAACAGACGGUAAGGUGUACUGGACUGACGAAGGAGGUUUUGGUGUACCUCAAAAGAUUGGUAAAGUUAACAUGGAUGGCUCUAACUCGAUUGUUUUGGUGGACGAUGUUGAGAGACCUGACGCUAUCACCAUUGACAUCGAUUCAAAGACAUUGUACUUCAGCACUCAACAUCCAGCUCUCGUUAUUGCGAUCGACGUAUUCGGAAAUAAUCGUACAACCGUAUUAUCAGAAGAACAUUACAUAUCAUACCCCAAGGCUAUAUCCGUGAUGGGCAGCAGACUAUUUUACCUCGAUCCCAACUUCGAGAAGCUAGUACAAGUGGCUCUACCUAACGGCAACAAUCCUAGAACAAUUAUGGAAAACGAACCAGACCUAAAGACAUUUACGAUCUUCAAAAAACGUCAACUUGUCGAUCACCCUUGUCUUAUAAACAACGGAGGCUGCGAACAACUCUGUCUACCAGCUGAGGGCAAAUCAAGAACAUGCGCUUGCGGAAUUGCGUACAAGAAAAACGAAAAUGGCUGCGAACCAUUUAAAUCAUUCGCGGUCGUUACUCAAUUGGACAUGACCAGAGGAUUCAGUUUGAAGGAUAGCUCUGAAGCAAUGACACCCAUCAGUGGAAACGGACAUCAUAUUUUGCAUGUGGAUGUUCACUAUGCCGAAAGUUGGAUUUACUGGGUCGAAUUUAAUAGAGGAUAUUGGAACGGUAUCUUCAGAAUACGUCCAAAUGGAACUGAAUUGCAACACGUCAUCAAAGAUGGUAUUGGAAGCAAUGGUAUCCGUGGCAUUACUAUUGAUUGGAUUGCUGGUAACAUGUACUUCACCAAUGUGUUUCCACAUGAGAAUUACGUCGAAGUGUGUUGGUUGGAUGGAUCAAACAGAAAGGUAUUGGUUAAAACCACUUCUGACGCACCAAGAGAACUAGCUGUCAAUCCUAUUAAACGAAUCUUGUACUGGAUCGAUUAUGGGCAAUAUCCUAAGAUUGGAAAGGCUAAUCUUGAUGGUUCAGCCUGGGUACCAGUGGUUACUUCCGGAAUCAGUAACCCUAGAGACUUGACAAUUGACAUGAAUACUCACGAUGUUUAUUGGGUAGAUUCGAAGUUGGAUAUGAUUCAAAGAAUUUCUUUCAACGGCGGAAACAGACAAGUCAUUAGAAGAAAUCUACCCAAUCCAAUGGGUAUUGCUGUACACAAGAGUGAUGUUUACUGGGUUGAUCGUAAUCUGAGAUCUGUGUUCAAAGCAUCUAAAUUACCAGGUAACAUGUCAUUACCUACCAGAGUUCGAACCAAUUUGGAUAAAUUACGAGACAUCGUCAUCUUUGACAUUACUAACCAACCUAAUGAUGAUACUAAUCCUUGUAAGAAAUUGGGCAAUGGAGGUUGCGAACAGCUUUGUUUCUCAUUCCUUCAGGAUCUAUCUUCCAUUCAAAAACCAACAAUGAAAUGCGACUGCGCUACCGGGAAACUGGCAGAUGACGGUAAACGAUGUGAAUUUGUAAAAGAAUACAUUGUCUUCUCAACAAGAACGGAAGUACGUUCCAUUAAUUUAGAUCCUCAUUCUACCACACUUCCAUUUAGCCCCAUCGGAAAUCUUACGAACGUUGUUGGUGUUGAUUUCGAUUACAAACAUGGAAUUUUGUUGUUCACUCAGAUCAGACCUUGGGCUAAAAUCGCCAAAAUGACACCCGGACAAGAAAUAGAGACGAUUAAAAACAAAGGUAUAAAUCCAGAGGGUAUUGCUUAUGACUGGACUCAAAUGAAAAUCUACUGGACUGAUUCGUCAAAUCACAGUAUUUAUGCUAUGAAUAUGGACGGAUCAAAUUUGGUAAUGAUAGCAAGAGUGGAACGACCAAGAGCUAUUGUUAUUGAUCCAUGUAAUGGAACCCUGUUUUACACAGAUUGGGGUAAAUUUGGAACCUCAGGAAAGAUCUUUAGGACUACAAUGGCCGGAUCAUUGAAGAAAGUCAUAAUUGACAAGAACUUGGCACAACCAUCAGGAUUGGCUAUCGACUACGAAGAUCAGAUGUUGUAUUGGACUGACGCAGUGAGGGAAAAGAUCGAACGAUCAGAUUUGGAUGGUAAAAACAGAGAAGUUCUUAUAUCAGCCACCAUUUAUCCAUUCUCGAUAACGGUCUUCGGAAAAUACAUGUACUGGACCGAUCUCCAACUUCGAGGAGUGUACAGAGCAGAAAAGUACACAGGGGCGAACAUGAUUGAGAUGGUUAAACGAUUAGAAGAUAGUCCCAGAGAUAUCCAAGUUUACUCAGACAGGAGACAAGUUUGUUCCGUCAAUCCUUGUCACAUCAAUAACGGCGGAUGCGCCCAAAGUUGUCAUCCAGGACCGAACGGCACCGCGGAAUGCAGAUGUAACGAUGACACUAAACUGGUAAACGAAGGAAGAAUGUGCGUUGCUAAGAACUUGAGCUGCGACUCCAGCAAAUUUUAUUGCGCCAAUGGAAGAUGCAUUUCGCGAAUGUGGGCUUGCGAUGGAGAAGAUGAUUGCGGAGACAACAGUGAUGAAGACACCAACUACUGCUCCUUCCACUCCUGCUCACCAAAUGAGUUCCGUUGUGCCAACGGAAGAUGCAUCUUUAAAUCCUGGAAGUGUGAUCACGAGAACGAUUGCAAAGAUGGUUCUGAUGAAAAAGAUUGUCAAUACCCACCUUGUGCAAAUGACAUGUUUACUUGUGCCAAUUUUAGAUGUAUUCCUCAAGCUCAGGUAUGCAAUGGAGUGAAUGAUUGUAAAGAUAACGUAACAUCUGAUGAAACCCACGAAAGAUGUCCUCAAAACAUAACGUGUCCUCCAAACCACCUUAAAUGUGAAAAAACCAACAUUUGCGUCGAACCUUAUUGGCUUUGUGACGGUGACAAUGACUGUGGUGACAACUCAGACGAGAAUCCUCUGCACUGUGCGCAAAGAACUUGUCCACAGAACAGUUUCAGAUGUUCUAACCAUCGUUGUAUACCAGCCACCUGGUAUUGCGACGGAGAUGAUGAUUGUGGCGAUGGCGCUGAUGAACCGCCAGAGUACUGUAAAAGCGAUGGAAGGACUUGUUUCGGUGAUCUGUUUACUUGUGAUAAUGGUAACUGUGUUCCAAGGAUUUAUAUCUGUGAUGGUGACAAUGAUUGUUUGGACAACAGUGACGAAGAUGUCAGACAUGAGUGCAACGAUAGGAAGUGUGAUGAUGAAACCGAAUUUACCUGUGAUGCAAACAAAGCCUGGGGCCGAGCUCAAUGUAUUCCAAGAAAAUGGUUGUGCGACGGUGAUCCGGAUUGCGUUGACGGUGCCGACGAAAAUAUUACUUUGCAUCAUUGUUCCAAACCACAACCUUGCAGCGAUGACCAAUUUACUUGCGGAAACGGAAGGUGUAUCAACAAGGGAUGGUUGUGUGAUCACGAUAAUGACUGUGGCGAUGGUACUGACGAAGGCAAAGAUUGUAACUCGCAAUACAAAACUUGUUCCACUAACGAAUUCACGUGCCAAAACUUUAAAUGCAUCCGUAAUCAAUACAGGUGUGAUGGAGAGGACGAUUGCGGUGAUCACUCUGACGAAGUCAAUUGCAAAAAAGAAAAUAGUACCUGCGCCAAUUCAAGUCAAUUCAGGUGUAACAACGGUCAAUGUAUUGAUUAUCAGCUGGUAUGUAACAAAGUGGCGGACUGUUCUGAUGAAUCAGAUGAACCUCUUCAUUGUAACGUUGAUGAAUGCGCCAAGGUGGAGAUUCAUCAAUGUGGACACAAAUGUAUUGAUACCCUUACAAGCUUCUACUGCGAAUGUAAUCAAGGAUAUAAGUUGUUGGAAGAUGGAAAAGCUUGUGCGGAUAUUGAUGAAUGUAUAGAAACACCUGGCGUUUGUUCCCAAUACUGUUCCAAUACCCCAGGAAGUUACUACUGUAAAUGUAAUGAUCAGUAUUAUGAAAGAGAAACGGACGAACAUACUUGCAAGAGAAAAGACAAAGUCGAACCGUGGAUCGUAUUCACCAACAAAUAUUAUAUCAGAAAUAUGUCGAUUGACGCUCACGUCUACAAUUUAGUACACCAAGAUCUAAUGAACGUUGUGGCUUUAGACUUUGAUAUGAUGGGUCAAAAAAUGUAUUUCUGCGACGUAACAGCCAAGACGAUAUUCAGAUCGUCAAUUGGAGGAGGCGACAAAGAACCAAUAAUUCGUCAUGACUCACACGGAUUGGAAGGCAUUUCUAUAGAUUGGAUAGGCAGAAAACUGUAUUGGCUUGACAGACAUUCCAAAAAUUUGGACGUGGCAGAACUGGAUGGAACUCGACGUAAGACUCUUAAGACCAGCAUUGCAGACCCACGUGCUUUGGUUGUACAUCCUGGUACUGGUUACCUAUACUUUACCUCAUGGCAUCUGCAAGCUUACAUUGGAAAAUUGGGAAUGGAUGGAAGUAAUUUCACCAGAAUUUUGACUUGGGAAGACGAUAUCGCUUGGCCAAACGCUCUGACUAUUGAUUACUUCACAGAUCGCUUGUACUGGGCUGACGCUCACUUGGAUUACAUCGCCUUUGCGGAUUUGGAAGGAAGACACAGACAUGUCGUCAUAUCAGGUACAUCCGUACCUCACGUAUUCGCUCUUUCACUAUUCGACGAUUUCAUUUACUGGACCGACUGGAAUCUCAAAGCCAUCAGUCGCGCUAACAAAUUCACCGGUAAAGAUUUGAGCGUUUUACGUAACACAACGCACAAACCUUACGACAUCCACAUCUUCCAUCCGUUGAGGCAACUACCCUACACCAACCCAUGCGGCGCAAAUAAUGGCGGUUGUUCUCACCUUUGUCUAAUCGCCCCACCUCCUUCUUCCAGCUAUCUUAACCUCGAAGGCUAUGGCGAAGAAGGUGUGACCACAUACAAGUGUGCGUGUCCCAACCAGUUUAUUCUGGCACCUGAUGGCAAAACAUGCAUUGCAAACUGCACAGAUGGACAAUGGCAAUGUAAAGGACGUGACGAGAAAUGUAUUCCUUGGUUCUGGCAGUGCGACGGUGAAAAAGAUUGCAAGGACGGUUCCGAUGAACCACGCACCUGCCCAGCGAGACAAUGCAGAGCUGGAACAUUCCAAUGCAAAAACGGCAACUGUACACCUUCAGCUACCAUUUGUGACGGCACCGACGAUUGUGGUGACGGUUCCGAUGAACAGAACUGCGAUAAAGCCUGUCCAGAAUUGGAGUUCCAAUGUAAGUCUAAUGGAAGAUGUAUUCUCAACAGUUGGAAGUGCGACGGAGAUGCUGAUUGCAAAGACGGCUCAGACGAAGAUCCGGCCAUGUGUAAUAAACGAGAGUGUGACCCAGAAACCGAAUUUGCUUGCAAGAACGGCAAAUGCAUUCCCAAACUGUGGAUGUGCGACUUUGACAACGAUUGUGGCGACGACUCUGAUGAACCUGCUUACAUGUGUAGACAGAGGAACUGUACAACCGGAUGGCAACGUUGUCCAGGUCGCGCCAAUUACAGGUGCAUUCCUAAAUGGUUGUUCUGCGACGGAAAAGAUGAUUGCAGAGACAACUCUGACGAGCAACCAGAAAAUUGUCCAGUUUGUAACACAGAAACAGACUUCAAAUGCAACAACAACAGGUGCAUUCCCCAACAAUGGAAGUGCGACUUCUCCGACGAUUGUGGAGAUGGAUCUGACGAAACAGAAGAGAUGUGCAAAGGAGGAUUUAGAGAGUGUUCCGAGUCAGAAUUCAGAUGCGGUAAUGGUAAAUGCAUUUCCUCACGUUGGCGUUGCGACCACGAAGACGAUUGCGGUGACAACUCUGACGAAGACGGUUGUAGCGGCUUCCAGUGCAAAAACGGAACCUUCCAGUGUGCUUCCGGACAUUGCAUCGCCUCAUACUUUAGAUGUGACGGCGAUAGGGAUUGUAGAGAUAUGUCCGACGAGAAGAAUUGCCCACCAAGAUACCCUGGGGGAAGAUACUGCCCUGAAUCGAAAUAUCAAUGUGACAAUCACUUGUGUAUCAGUCAAGGUGACCUUUGCGACGGUACUGAUGACUGUGGUGAUGCCUCAGAUGAAUCACCAUCUCUAUGCACCAACUUUAACUGCGACACAUUGAAGAGGUUCCAGUGCAACAACCACAAAUGCAUACCCAAGUACCAACUUUGUGAUGGCAUUGAUAAUUGCGGCGAUGGAUCCGACGAAAACAACAUAACACUGUGCGCAACUAAGAUCAAACCGUGCGACGGAUUCUCCGAAUUCAAAUGCUCGAACAAAAAAUGCAUUGAUAAAAAACGAGUAUGUGACUUUGCCGAUGAUUGCGGAGACAGUUCUGAUGAACUUGGAUGUCACCACAAUGGUGUAUGUUCCACUGUCGAUCGUGGAGGCUGUGAACAUCAUUGCAUGAACUUGACUCAUGAAGGAUAUAUUUGUGAUUGUUUCGCCGGCUUUAUUAUUUCGAAGGAUAACCGAAAGGUAUGUUUGGAUAUCGAUGAGUGUGCUACCGGAGACAACAGCUGCUCUCAAAUUUGUACGAAUCUGAACAGCACGUACGCAUGUUCUUGUCGGGAAGGAUUCAGGUUAUCCGAUAAGCUUUCGGGUGUUUGUAAAGCUUUGAAGGCGGAAGUUUCGUUGUUGUUUGCCAACGGUCCGGAAAUUAGAUCUAUCGAUAUUAAAGAGCAAGAGGAAGUUGGUGUUAUAACAGAAGAAAAGAGAAUAGAAGCUGUCGAUUACAAUCCUAAGACUCAGAUGAUCUUCUGGGCUGAUAGCUACGAUAAAACCAUCAAACGUUCUUAUAUGAUCAAUGCUGUCAACGGCGAAGCAAAGACUGGUUACGCUCAAGAUUUGGAAAUGAAGGGUAGUUCUAAACCUACCGCUUUGGCUGUGGAUUGGGUUGGUGAUAAUUUGUACUGGACCGAAACUGAUAGAGCUGGCUCCAAACCUAAAGGUAGAGUCAUGGUUGCAAAAACUGAUGGAAGAUACAGACGUGCUCUAGUCAAUGUGGGUCUUGAGAACCCAACUUCUUUGGUGGUAGAUCCACAAUUAGGAAGAAUGUUCUGGACUGAUGCCGGUUCAGCACCUAAAAUUGAAGUUUCUUGGAUGGACGGCUCGAAGAGGAGACCACUGAUUACCGAUGAAAUUCGGCAUCCAACUGGUUUGGCUAUUGAUUACGACAUGGACCACACUUUAUAUUGGGUUGAUACGAAGUUAAACAAUAUUCAGACAAUGAAAUAUGACGGCAGCAAUAGAAGAACUAUAAUUAAAGGUGAACAGUUGAAACAUCCGAUUUCUUUGGAUGUAUUUGAAUCGAAUUUGUACUGGGUUACCAAAGACACUGGUGAGUUAGUGUCUCAAGACAAAUUUGGACGUGGAGUACCUUAUAUCGUACAGAGGGACUUGCUAAACCCAUCUAGUGUGAAAGUUUAUCACGAGUUGAGAUACAAUACAUCAAUCGCCAACCCUUGCAGAAACAAUGCUUGUUCACACUUGUGCUUAGUGGUUCCAAACGGCCACCGUUGCUCGUGCCCGGAUUCCAGCACCCCAACCCCCUCAUACAAAACCAAGGCCGAGGUGGCCUGUGAUGCCCCGUCGGAAAGAGAACGCCCCGCACCCAGAGUGUGCCCGUGUGAAAACGGAGGCAUUUGCAGGGAGACCGACACGGGAGAUUUGACCUGCGAAUGUCUGCCCGAUUACAGAGGACAGAAUUGUGAUGUGCACACCGCGCACAACAGACAAGGUGGAGGUUCCACUGCUACGGCGAUCGUGGUGCCUAUUGUUGUGAUACUGCUUGUGGUGGCUGCCGCAGCGGGUGUUUGGGUGUUCCUUAGAAAGAGACCAUUUGGUAAAUCUGGUCUGGGCAGCUUGGCCAGUAGUCAGAGCGUAUCGUUCCGACAAGGUACCAAUGUGGAGUUCGGCGCGAACACCUUCAAUGCUAACGGAGGUGGUAGCGAACCUAUGGACGUUGCUUACAGUUUAGAUGCCCUGGGCAACAAAAACAGAGAUUUCCACAAUCCCAUGUACGAUGCUGUGCAAAACAAUCCUGAAGCCGUCGGAAAUGGAAGUUCCGCGCUUUAUGAGGUGCCAGCAGAAGUGGGAAAAUCAAAGGGCGAAACCUUUACAGAACCACCUAGUGCUGUGAUCGCACCAUCUAGUGUGACGCACAGGUCAUCCCCACAAGUUCAGGUGAAACACAGGGAGUUAAACCCCGCAGCUGCAGACACAGGGAAAGAUACCCAAAAACUAGUAGAAGAAGACUGCUGAUAUAAAAUUAAAGCCCUUAUUUUCAGAUAUAUUCGUUAGCGUUUAAGGAUUAACGAGAUAUAGAGAAUUCCAAAAAUGAGUUUUUGUAAAUUUCGAAACUUAUAGUCAAUAUUAAUUUAUUCCAUCAAUAAUUUUAUUUACACCAUGUCGUGUAAAAAGGUGUCCUAUAAGAAAAUGAAAAAGUUCUUUUGAAAAUUUUUACAUAUAAAUAUAAAAAUAUAUUUUUGUAUUGUGGGGUAGGUGAAUGUAAGUUUCAUUUAAAUAAACUAGCUUAACUGAAUUGUAUUUUGGUUAAAUAUAUUGACAAAAGUGCCAUUAACACCUGACUAAAUGUUAAAUGUUAUCUAAAUGGUUGUGCUAGUUUAAUUUUUAUGAAUUGUAUGCCAAAACGCAUUUAAUCAUGUGCAACUGAACAUUCUUCCAUUUUUAACAAGAAACAAAUGUAAAUAUAGGGUGUAAUGUAAUAUAAAUUGUUAGUAUUAUAAUUAGGUCCCAAUAGAUGAUUUUUAUACAAGUAAAUCCCUCUUUUUAAUAUUCCAUUAUGUUUUGUUAGUUAUACAACUAAUACACACCGUCCAAUUGUUAUAUAUUUUUGAAAACUAUAAUAUUGAAUUCAAUAUACAUAAAUGUAUUGUUUUAAUUAGUUAAAAUUUUAUUAAAUUGUUAUUUAAUUCAUAUGAUUUUAUGUUAAACAACUGUUAAAACUGAAUUUAUUUCGAUUACGGCAGCUGUUAAAUGUUCAUGUUUAUACAUAUUAGAUUAGAACAUCAAUUAAGGACUGUACUUAGAACAAUUUAACAAUGACCAUAGUUCAAAUAAGUUCAUGCUGUAAUGUAUGCGUAAACUUGUACAUAUUCUGGGAACAAAACUAUCUGUUUUAAACUAAAUAAUAUAGAGGUUGUUUAUAAUAAA